UGAAGAAUAAGCUGAUCAUUCUUUCUUGGCGACCCAAAAAGAAAAUGGGACUCUGCUUCCAACCCAUCUUAGCCUCUCUGUUUCUCAUACUCUUCUCUUCAUUUUCUAAAAUAUUAGCACAAUCUCAAGAACAUUUCUUGGGACAAAACAACAAAACUUUGUUGAGUGAAGAGAGAUCAUGCAAUUGGUUUAGAGGCAAAUGGGUCUAUGAUUCCUCAUAUCCUCUCUAUAGUCCUUUUUCUUGUCCCUUCAUCGACUCCGAAUUCAAUUGCCAGAAAGCUGGUCGACCUGACACUAACUAUCAACACUUCAGAUGGCAACCUUUCUCAUGUUCUCUUCCACGAUUCGAUGGGGCGAAUUUUAUGAGGAGAAUGAGAGGGAAGAAGAUAAUGAUGGUUGGUGACUCACUGAGUCUUAACAUGUUCGAAUCGUUGGCAUGUUUGCUCCACGCCUCUCUCCCUAAUGCUAAGUACUCUCUACGUCGAAGCCAACCUCUCACUUCCCUCACUUUCCAGGAUUAUGGAGUGACAAUACUUCUGUACAGAACACAGUUUCUAGUAGACGUGGUUCAAGAAAAGGCAGGAAGAGUGCUUGUGCUCGACUCCAUCAAACAAGCCAACGCAUGGCUUGGCAUGGACGUUCUGAUCUUCAACUCGUGGCACUGGUGGACUCACACCGCCGGAAUCCAGCCGUGGGAUUAUAUGAGAGAAGGAAACAAGUUGUACAAAGACAUGAACAGGCUUGUGGCUUAUUACAAAGGACUAAACACAUGGGCUCGUUGGAUCAACCACAACAUUGACCCUUCACGCACUCAAGUCUUCUUUCAAGGUGUUUCUCCUGUCCACUUUGACGGAAGAGAAUGGAACGAGCCAUUGAAGUCAUGCAAGGGCCAAACUCAGCCGUUCAUGGGACAAAGAUAUCCAGGAGGAUUGCCCUUAGGUUGGGUCGUGGUUAACAAAGUGUUGAGCCGAAUCAAGAAACCGGUCCGUCUUCUUGAUCUCACUAUUCUCUCGGAGUAUCGCAAGGACGCUCAUCCAAGUCUCUACAAUGGUAUCACAAAGGCUCUAGAUUGUAGCCAUUGGUGUCUCCCUGGCCUACCUGACACUUGGAAUCUACUUCUCUACGCAUCUCUUACUUCAUAGUUCUCGUUUUACAUAUUUUGAUUGUUCUACCAUUUUAUGAAUAAUUUGUGGGAUUCUUGUGAUUGUGAUUGUGAUUGAGAGUUUCAAUGUAAUUAAUUUCUCCAUAUAUUUGUUACAUUAUUUUCAUUU